AUGUUUGAAGACUUCUCCUUUUCCUCGCCGUCGUCGCGACCGACCCGGUUAGCGCUGAAUACAGAAGACCGGCUCAUGAUCGAUGGAGACAGCAACUUGAUCUCACCAUUAUCGUCUCGCUGCCCGUCGCCGACAUCGCACCGCUUCCGCACACUCUCACGAUCCCGGUCUUCAUACUUUCGUUCCCAGCAACAACCACCAACUUCCGUGCCUUUUCCUUACGAAUCAAAGCGUCUUUCCAUCGCAACAUUGACACAGAAACUUCACGAACAUACCCUCCAAACCCCGAAUGGCGAAUCUUUCCCUGACCGGACCCGGUUCGGUCAUGAUGGACGGCGCUCCGGUCAGUACACUGGUUACGUCCUCACACCACCAGACACAGACCACGAUGACGACGGUCUCCUCUCCUCGCCAUCCCUCUGCUCAAACCCAAGUCCUACCUCUAUUCCCCCGGACUUCCCCCCGCUAGACGGCCCAGACUGCCCGAACCCACAGCCAGACCUCCUCAGCAUCCGCAGCCAACGACAGCAGAUCUCCCAGUUACAAUGUAACAAAGGAGAUAUCGAUGCUGUCCGCCGCGCAACAGAUGAUUCAUUUGGCUCUAUUCCCUGUGAAGACGAUUGCCACCCAAGUUCUCUACCGCCACGUCCCUCGCCACGACGGCGAGCAUUGACGCAGCACCGCAGUAGAUUUGGGCCUGCGGAGUCGUUGGAGGCGCGGGGGAGGCGGAAGAGUAGCUCGAGUGCUCUACAUUCGCAUCGGAUUGAAAAGAGCCAUCAUCCUUCAUUUGCGGGGAGGGAUGCGUCUAAACGCAAUGAGCAGGGGCUUAGGCGAAAGAGUAUGGUUACUGCAGCGCUGGCGUCUGUAGUUGAGAGGCCUUAA